AUGCGUUUCUCUGACACUCUCCUCCUCAUCGGCCUCUCGAGCCUCGCUGGUGCUCAUCCCAGCAGAAGGGCUCCUAAUCCUUCACCACUGAGCAAGCGUGGCAUUGACCUGGAAGCUUUCAAGCUUCCUCCCAUGGCCGAGUACGUUCCUCAGGAAGAGGUUCCUGAUGAUGUCAGUGCCAAAGUAGUCACCAAGCGCGCUGACUACACCGAGACCGCCACCGACUUGGUCAAGGCGACUUUCCCCAAGGCUACUUUCCGCAUGGUCAACGAUCACUAUGUUGGCGCGAAUGGAAUUGCGCAUGUUCACUUUCGCCAGACGGUUAACGGUAUUGAUAUCGACAACGCUGAUUUCAAUGUGAACAUUGGCGCUGAUGGUGAGGUCUUCUCUUACGGAAACAGCUUCUACGAUGGCAAGAUCCCCGGCCCUCUCACCAAGCGUGAUGAGAAGGACCCUGUCGACGCUCUCAAGGACACUGUCGAUGUUCUCUCUCUCCCUGUCGAGGCUGAGAAGGCCAAGGCUGAGAAGAAGAGCAAGAACCACUACACCUUCACUGGUACCAAGGGUACCGUUAGCAAGCCCGAGGCUAAGCUCACCUACCUUGUUGAUGAGAACAAGGAGCUGAAGCUCACAUGGAGAGUUGAGACCGAUAUUGUCGACAACUGGCUGUUGACCUAUGUCAACGCUGCCAAGACUGAUGAGGUUGUCGGUGUUGUCGACUAUGUCAACGAGGCUACAUACAAGGUCUACCCCUGGGGUGUCAACGACCCUUCCAAGGGAUCCCGCUCCACUGUUUCGAACCCCUGGAACCUCGAGGCUUCUGAGUUCACCUGGCUCAGCGACGGCUCAAACAACUACACAACUACCCGUGGAAACAACGGAAUUGCCCAGGUCAAUCCUUCAGGGGGCUCCAGCUACUUGAACAACUACCGUCCUGACAGUUCUUCGCUGAAGUUCGAGUAUGACUACUCCACCAGCACCACUACCCCCACCACCUACCGCGAUGCUUCCAUCACCCAGCUUUUCUACACCGCCAAUAAGUAUCACGAUCUUCUCUACCUUCUUGGCUUCACCGAGAAGGCUGGUAACUUCCAGACCAACAACAACGGUCAAGGUGGUGUAGGAAACGACAUGGUUAUCCUCAACGCCCAGGACGGAAGCGGCACCAACAACGCCAACUUCGCUACACCCGCUGACGGUCAGCCCGGCCGUAUGCGAAUGUACCUCUGGACAUACAGCACUCCCCAGCGCGACUGCAGUUUCGACGCUGGUGUCGUCAUCCACGAGUACACACACGGUCUGUCCAACCGUCUCACCGGUGGCCCUGCCAACUCAGGCUGUCUGCCUGGUGGUGAGUCCGGUGGUAUGGGUGAAGGUUGGGGUGAUUUCAUGGCUACUGCUAUCCACACAACAUCCAAGGAUACCCGCGCUAGCAACAAGGUCAUGGGUGACUGGGUCUACAACAACGCGGCUGGCAUCCGCGCUUAUCCCUACAGCACCAGCCUUACCACUAACCCAUACACUUACAAGAGUGUUAACAGCCUUAGUGGAGUCCAUGCUAUUGGUACUUACUGGGCUACUGCCCUGUAUGAGGUUAUGUGGAACCUCAUCGACAAGCACGGGAACAGUGAUGCCGACGAGCCCAAGUUCAGCAACGGCGUUCCUACAGACGGUCGCUUCCUCACAAUGGCUCUGGUUGUAUCGGGCAUGGCACUGAAAGCCCGAGACGCCAUCAUCGACGCCGACACCGCUCUUACCAAGGGAGCCAACAAGUGUGAGAUCUGGAAGGGCUUUGCUAAGCGCGGUCUCGGAACUGGUGCCAAGUAUAGUGCUUCCAGCCGCACCGAGAGCUUUGCUCUCCCAUCUGGAUGUUAG